GUAUUCGGUAGGUAUAAAAGAGACUCAUAGGCGUGUUGAGCGUCACAGCGCGACGACGCCAGCAAGUUAAAGAUGAAGGGCAUGAUCUUGAGUGUGCUGCUGGUGGCGGUGGUGGCGGUGAGCGAGGCGCGGAGUGGAAGGCACAUGCGCUACGUGACGGAAGGCAAAUGUCCCACCAUCACCAACAAGCAGGACUUUGACCCCGUCCCUUACCUGGGCAAGUGGUAUGAGAUCGAGCGCUUCGACAUCAUCUUCCAGCGCGGCAUGGACUGUGUGGAGGCCAUCUACUCCGAUCUUGGUGACGGUGUGGUGGAAGUGCACAACGUGGCCCGCACGGCUGGGGGGAACUUCACUGAGAUCGUGGGCACGGCGACAGUGCUGGAGCCCGGCGUGCUCUAUGUCAAGUUUCAAGGAUAUAUCCCUGCUGAGUACCACGUCCUGGACACCGACUACGAAUCUUUCUCCGCUGUGUACAACUGCCUGCAGCUGGGCCCUGAGCGCUUCGAGUACGCCUGGAUCCUCUCCCGCUCCCACACUCUCGAGCAGGAGACCUACGACCACGCCCGCCAGGUGUUCGCAAACAACGGAAUCGACAUCAGUGUGUUCCACUCCACCUACCAGGGUGAAGACUGCCCCUACGUGCUCUAGAUACUAACUAGCAUUAGAAGAUCUCCGUGUCGUCCAAACGUGACCAUCCUUUUGAGUUGUUAAUUUUUUGGGCGUUUUUAGAAGUCACGUGAUGCAGUAAUCGUUAAGUGACACAUAAUGAAAAGCUUUAACCCUCCAUUGUUAUUUUGUUGCUUAGUUUAAUGGCCAGUCCUGCUUCAAACAACAGGCCAGAUGUUACUAUAGUAUUGGUGCUUCCCUUGUAUCAUCUCACUUUGAAAUAAUGAUGAAUAAAACACCGAUUAUUACUUUUA